GUUGGAGCUGGAUUUGGUCGGGUGACUCGGGUCGAUUAGGGUUUAACUGAAGCAUAGCAUCAUGGCCUCUUUUGCGUCCUUGAAAUCGACAAUCUUCGAUAGAGAAGAGCGAAAACGGCAGUACCAGGAUCACAUUCGCGGCCUCAACGCUUACGAACGCCACAACAAGUUCGUCAAAGAUUACGUUAGCUAUUAUGGUGGAGAGAAGUCUUCACAUGUGAAGUUGCCUGUCAAAACUGAUCAAGACACACUAAGAGAAGGGUACCGGUUUAUAAGAUCGGAGGAAGAUGACAUGGACACAUCUUGGGAGCAGAGGCUGGUGAAGCGAUACUAUGACAAGUUGUUUAAAGAAUAUUGCAUAGCUGACAUGUCACAUUACAAGAGUGGUAAGAUUGGCCUUAGGUGGAGAACAGAAAAAGAAGUUGUAUCUGGUAAAGGGCAGUUCAUAUGUGGUAGCAAACAUUGCGACAAGAAAGAUGCCUUAGCGAGCUACGAGGUGAACUUCUCUUAUUAUGAAGCUGGAGAAAAUAAACAAGCGCUGAUCAAAUUGGUAACUUGUGAGAGAUGUUCAAAAAAGCUUCACUACAAACGACGAAAAGAGAAGGAGCACAUGGAUAAAGAAAAAAAUGAAGUGAACAGAAGAAAGAGGGACCGGUCAGGGGACGGUGAUGACACUGAUGAUGAGGGAAGCAAGGAGAGGAGAAAAGGAAAAAAGGCUUCACUUUCCACAAGUGAUAACAGAGUCAAUGAUGAAGACGAUGAUAACUUUGACGAGUAUCUUGAGGGAAUGUUUCCUUGAUAGUAACAAAUUAUGGGAUGACAACUCUAUCGCCCCCAUAUUGCCAAACCAUUAAACAUGGUGGAAGAUGGAGGGUUUGUGAGUUUAAUGUUGUGCCAAACUUCAGUGUAUAUAACUAUCAGUGACAGAAGGCAAAGUCAAACCCAUCACAAGAGAGGAGGCAGGUUAUAUCCUAUUUUAAUGCAUGAAGUUCAGUGUGAAAGAGCAGGCCAGUGAAAUGCUCAAAUUGUUUUGCCUUUGUUUCUUGAGGCAGAUAUAUAUUCCAACUAGAAGAGUCACAGAAACAGUAGAACAGCUGUGGUAGGCUUGACAUUGGGUUCUUGGUUUUAGGUGUGACUACAUAGUUGAUUGGUGUAUUUAGGUUAGUAAUGAUAAGCAAUGCAAUGCAAUGCUGUCUUAUUCUCUAAUCUUUUCCCAUAGGCCAUAGCUGUCUCUUACUCGGUUGAAAUGUUAUAGUUUUAU